AUGGCCACUGCCGUCGAGGCAGGUGCUAUUAACCAGAGGGCUACGCCAACUCAGCCUGAUUGGUUCAAAACCUCGCCCGAUCUCUAUACUGGUACUGUCGCGACUGGUGCUGCUCCUUUCCUGGCUGAGAUUAACCCUGCGCCUUUCGGCGAUGCCACCUAUGUUCCCAAUGCUCCAUUGGAGACGUCGGAACCAAUUGAUGGUGCCAAGGGACGGAACAUCUUCCACCUCAUGGGUGAUCUGAGUCCCUACUUCUCGCCGUCUGAGGGCUUCGGAGUGAACGAGUACCCCCUACCAAAGGGUGCUAACAUCACACAGAUGCACAUGCUUCAACGCCACGGUGCUCGAUAUCCCUCAUCCUCGGAGGGCUUGGAUUCUUGGGGCGCUGGUAUCGUCAAUGCUACUGCCAAGGGAACUGUCUUCACAGGCAAGCUUGAUUUCUUGAACGACUGGUCAUACAAGCUGGGCAAGGAGAUCCUUGUUCCCCAAGGUCGUCAAGAAUUGUUUGACGCGGGUGUCUUGAACUUCUACAACUAUGGCCACCUGUACAAUAACACCACCUCCAAGAUUGUUGUCCGCACAACCCUUCAGUCUCGGAUGCUUGAGAGCUGCGAGAAUUUCUUGGCCGGCUUCUUUGGCCUGAACUGGAGAGAUCAUGCCAAUAUUUUGGCUACCGUCGACCCGGCAACAACUGGAGAGUACACUUGCACCAAAGAGGCGACAACCAUGAUGGAAUCUAUCGAAGUUCCAGUCGCUACCUGGAUGGCCACUUAUCUCAAGGAGCGAACGGCCGAGCUGAAGCUUCUGACUGGCAACUACAACUGGACGGUUACCGAUACGUACCACGCUCAGGCUCUUUGCCCUUAUGAGACCAUCAGUCUCGGCUAUAGUGACUUCUGCCAGCUUUUCACCUACAAUGAUUGGGUGAACUAUGCGUACCUCAUGGAUAUUGAGUUUGCGGGUCUUUCCGGUUUCCAUAGCCCCACUGGUCGUGCCCAGGGUAUUGCCUUUGUUGAAGAGUUCCUGGCUCGCGUUGAGGGUCAUUUGCUUAAUGUCCCCGCUAACACGACCGGAGCUAAUAUGACUCUCGACACGAACCCUGUCACCUUCCCCCUGAACCAGAACCUCUACUUGGAGUUUACCCAUGAUGCCAACAUUGUCUCGGUCCUGACUGCUUUCGGACUGACUCAGUUCGCUGAUGCCCUCCCUCUCACUGGCCCUACCAAGGACCAGCAGUUCCAUACCAGCCGCAUUGUUCCAUUCGCAGGACGUCUAAACAUUGAGAUUAUCUCAGCACCGCACAAGGUCUCCACUAAGCGCUCAUCUAAGGCCACCAAGAAAGGCGACUAUGUUAGCGGUACUAGCGCGACAAAGUACGUUCACUUCAUUCAAAACCAGCGUACUAUCCCGCUGCACUCCAGCUUUGACGAGUGCGAGUACCGCGAGGAUGGCUGGUGUGAACUGUCGACCUUCCUGAAUGUCCAGAAGCAAAGUCUGAAGAAGGCUCAGUAUCAGUACGCCUGCUUCGGAAACUGGACCAUGAAGAGUUGGGGUGCCGUUAAGGAUGGCGUUCCUGCGUAA